GCAGCCUGAAUGAACGUGUGUUGAAACAAUGAAUGACUCCCCCGGAGUGGCCCGGGCGCGAGCGCGCCGCCCGCCAGGCAUGCUGGGGAUUGUAGUUCCGGGCGCCCCCGCAGUGGCGUGGGCCGGCGCAGGCCGCGCUUUCUAUACCCCGGGAGGCAGCCGGCCUGUUGCAUGGCGUCUCAGUCCCGCCGCAGGAGGGAGGCGGCCCCGCCGGGCGCUCGCUAGCUUCGUUGGCGAAGCCGGCCGGGAAGCGGAAGGAGUCCGGCGCGCCCCCGGCCUUCGGUGCGGAAGAAUGGCAGUGAGCCACUCCGUGAAGGAGCGCACCAUCUCUGAGAACAGCCUCAUCAUCCUGCUGCAGGGCCUCCAGGGCCAGGUAACCACGGUGGACCUGAGAGACGAGAGUGUGGCCCGCGGCCGCAUCGACAAUGUCGACGCUUUCAUGAACAUCCGCCUGGCCAACGUCACCUACACCGACCGCUGGGGGCAUCAGGUCGAGCUGGAUGACCUCUUCGUGACAGGCCGUAAUGUCCGUUAUGUCCACAUCCCAGAUGACGUGAACAUCACAGCGACCAUCGAGCAACAGCUGCAGGUCAUCCACCGGGUGCGCAACUUCGGCGGCAAGGGCCAAGGGCGGCGGGAAUUUCCCUCCAAGAAGUAUAAAUGAGCCCGCUCGUCCGCAAGACCCCCACCCCCACCCCGUCCCCACUCAAGUUCGUCCAGAGUUCUACUGAGCCAGCCACCGGCCGCCCCUCCCUGCCCGGAACCCAGAGAGAGAGCGGGGCCGGCCCAGAAACUGGUGUCUCUGAUGGACACCCCUGUCACAGCUACCUUUCACAGGGUCCCAUCUCCUAGAUUCACCCUGGGGUCCUGUCUCUCUGUCUGUGGCCUUGGGGUAGAGGACAUUGAUCACCUUGUGAUCAUUUGCAUCGGAAUCUGAUCUACUGAUGUAGGGGAUCUGCCAAGUAGUUUUCAGCCCUCUCCCAGUGAGAGUUACCAAGUGUACUUAGCCCGCGCCGCCCCUCACUGUUCCCAUUUCCCACAGUUGUGUUUGCUUUCUCAUAAAACUUGGAUACAAACAAGUCGAUGCCUCAUGCUUC